CUCAGUCGCCAUGAAUUCCCGGUUAUCUCUACUCGUAACACUCCUCCUACUAACAAGUGGCGCACAAUGUGCCAAAAUUUUAGCCGUCUUUCCUAUGGGAGCCCCCAGUCACUACAUCCUGGGCAGUACCCUACUACGAGGACUCGCAGAAAAGGGACACGACGUAACCAUGAUAAGUCCCUUCUCUGAGAAAACUCCACCCAAGAAUGGUUCCUAUAGAGAUAUAGUUCUUACUGGCGUCAAAGAAGAACACGAAGAACGAAUGAAAACAAUGAAUGUGUUUGAUAUGGGUGAAGCCAAUAUUCUUCUAAUGGGACCACUUUUUUUCACAACGAUGGUAGACUUGACAGACCGUACCCUCGGUCAACCAGAAGUGCAAAAGUUGAUCCACUCUGGAGAAAAAUUCGAUGUUGUUAUAGUUGAACAGUUCAUGAACGAAGCGCAUAAAGGAUUUGCGAAGCAUUUUAAUGCUCCUCUGAUUGUUUUUAGUACCAUUGGGGCUAGUUCUUGGGUUAAUCCUCUGGUGGGUAACCCAACAAUGGUAUCUUAUGACCCUGAGCCACUACGGGGGUUUUCUAGCAAAAUGACGUUGUAUGAAAGGUAUAUCAAUGCGUUCACGUAUAGCUACUUUCAACUGAUAAGUCAUCUGUAUGCGUACCCACAACAUGACAAAAUAUUGAAGAAGUACUUCCCCAACAACAUGAAUCUCGUUGAUAUCAUGUAUAAUACAUCGUUGGUACUUUUGAAUUCUCAUCCAAGUACCAAUCUGGCGGUUCCUUACGUUCCAAACAUGAUUGACAUUGGAGGAUUUCAUGUCAAGCCACCACAGAAACUCCCAGAUGAUUUACAAAAGUUCCUUGACAAUUCGAAAGAAGGGGUUAUUUAUUUUAGUUUGGGCUCAAAUGUGAAGAGUGUUUUCCUACCAGAACAGAAACGAGAGGCGAUUUUGAACGCUUUCUCUAAACUCAAAGUUAAAGUUUUGUGGAAAUGGGAGGAGGACGUUUUGCCUGGACAACCACCAAAUGUGCGUUUGGGGAAAUGGUUACCACAACAAGACAUUCUAGCUCAUCCCAACGUUAAGCUUUUCAUCACCCAUGGUGGGCUACUCAGUACCAUCGAAACCAUUUACCAUGGAGUACCGGUUUUGGCAAUCCCCAUAGCCGGUGACCAAAAACUAAACGCCGAACGUAUAGUGAAUCAAGGUUUUGGGCUAAAGUUGAGGUUUGCGGAUCUUACAGAGGAGCUUCUGCUUGAAAUGAUUAAUGAGUUGUUGACGAAUCCGAAGUAUGCUACCAAUGCGAAAAAAAGGUCUGAGGUUUUCCACGAUCGGAUGGCGAAACCUCUUGACACUGCAGUGUAUUGGGUUGAGUACGUCAUACGACAUGGAGGGGCUCCACACUUGAGGAUAGCCGGGAUUGAUUUGUCUUGGUAUCAGUAUUUUCUGGUGGAUAUUAUUUUGAUUUUUUCAGUGACGAGUGUGAUUGUGUUGUAUAUUAGUUUGAAACUGGUCAAAAGAUUGGUGUCUAGUUGUUGUAGAAGUAAGAAACAAAAAAUAAAAACUAAGUAAAAUA